AUGACUGCUCAAAUGGCUUCAGGAGACGAGCUCGUGACCUCGUCCAGUCCGGACCACCCCGCCAACCUCAUCCCAUCUCUGUGCGCCAAAUUCUGGACGCUGGGAUGGGUCACAGGUACCGGCGGUGGAUGCUCCAUCCGCGAAGAUGACCUCGUCUACAUUGCCCCCUCUGGUGUGCAAAAAGAGCUCAUGAAGCCAUCAGACAUUUACGUCCUCUCCCUCGCGGCCCAGGACGCCUCCCUCAAGAACCGCGUGUACCUGCGGUCGCCGCCAUGCUACAAGCCCAGCCAAUGCACGCCUCUCUUCCUCGCCGCCUUUACCCUCCGCGGCGCAGGCUGUUGUAUCCACACGCACUCUCACUGGGCCGUGCUCGUGACCCUCCUGCUGGAGAGCACCGACUCUCCCAAGAUGUUUGAGAUCAACAAUAUAGAGCAGAUCAAGGGGUUCGGCAAGGGAUACCAGAAGACGGGGAACUUGGGAUACCACGACACCCUUCGGAUUCCCGUCAUUGAGAACACGCCCCACGAAGAGGACUUGACCGAGUUCUUGGAGGAGGCUAUGCGUCAGAACCCAGACACAUACGCCGUGCUCGUCAGGCGACAUGGCGUGUACGUGUGGGGCGACAACGUGCACAAGGCCAAGACGCAAUGCGAGAGUCUGGACUAUCUCUUCCAGUUGGCCGUGGAGAUGAAGAGGCUCAACUUGCCGUGGAUCAGCGAAGUGGCGCCAGUUGGCCCGCAGCGAUGA